AUGAUCGUGAAAGAAGAACCCGAUGUGCAUGACGUUCAAGACGAAAGUAGAGAUGAAGAAUGCAACGAUGAAGAAGACGAGGAUUUUCUUGAGUUGCCGCCAAAGAAAGCCGCAAGAACCAAAUAUCCCCCAGGGUGUAUUGCCCAGUGGGACGUAUAUGAAGAAAAUGCCCUCCUGGCAUCUCGUGUGCUCCGAGGCCAAGUUCAGAAAGUUGGUAUUGACUGGUCCGAGGCAGGAAGCCGUGAAACAGUCUACAAAUUGAAGGUCUUCAAUGAUGGUUUUCAGUCCUCCACGUUCAGUUGCAGCAGCAGUAUUUCUGUUGUCAAGGAGAAGUAUUUGAUGAUUGCAAUUGGAGAACCUGUGUGGAUGCAUGGGGCGGAGGAGGCAGAUCAAAAGCAAGGCCGAAUCCUCUCUUCAGAGCUCUUGCCCUCCUGGAAAGGCGAUGGAAAGGCAAUGCCAGUUUUCUCGGUGCAAUCAUUGAAUGGAGACUUCAAGAUCUACCAUGGUGUUCAACCCGGCAACAUCAGUUAUCGACAUCUCUGCGAGGCUCAAGUGCCAAAAACUAUGUUGAAGCCUUCUUAUCCGCCCGUACAUUCACCCAACUCAAUCCGCCCGACAAAUGAUGCUGACAAAACCACCCCGCAAGAUGUUGCCAAGGGCACUCAGAACUACGGUGGUACGACUCUCUUACCUCCUGAGUCUUCCUCAUUCAGCACCAACCGAGACAAACCGAUGCAAGAAUACUUGAAUGAAAAGGAGAACAAGGGUGGCAUGUCCAGCAACGUCGCUGCAAUGAAUGUUGUCGACGAUGCCUCCGCAUGCACUCCUCUAUGUGACAAUCACGAGCAAAAAGAUGACGAGUCUAAGCCAAAAGCAGACGAGGUUUCAUCGGGGAAUGAGUCAUCAAUUUCAAGCAGCCAAGCUUGGGUGAUCAGUGCAACCGAGAACGCUUCAUCCAAAAGUACUGGGGUUACCACUAAGAAGCAUUUCUCCUUGCUAGGGGAAGAGGAAACCUCGUCGUCAAAGUGGCACCAGAUUCUACCAGGAAAACCCGACAACGAUCGGAUUCAUUCGAGCUCCAACGACAGUGCUGUUCUGGCCUCAGCUGAUGACGCCACGUCCUGUGGCAUCCACGAGCAGGAACAUGAAUGCAAUGAACAAACGGCUGAUGAGAACUUUUCCAACGGAAAUUCGACCUCCAAUGACAAGGAUUUGGAGUCUGGCAUCGAGAAUGUCUCCAGCUCUGGCGGCCGUAGUACGGAAGACCCUGCAUCCAGUUGCAGCUCCGUAGAUCCGACGGAAGUGGUCUCGCCUACCUCUUUGGAAAACAAAGAGAGUCCAAAGGCACAUGAGUCCCAGGAGAGCAGUCCUCUUCAAGUUCGUGUUCCAAGGAAGAAGCGUACGCUAGAGAAACCCAAUCUCCAAACUUUUGCUUCACUAUCUGCGCCCAGGAGCAGAAUUGAAGAAGCACCUUAUAAACUACACAGGGCAAGUCAGGAACUUGAGGUGGGGCAACUUGAGGAGGGGCCAGCUACUACAGUACCAGUAUCGGUACGAGUCUACAACAACGGCCCUGUACCACGCUUCGAGCACAUCACCUCUGCAGGCCGGCAUCGUAUUCACGCCGCACUCACACAGCUCCGUCAUCUUCGAGGGGGCUACCGUUCCGAUCACGGCAUUCUCGGUCGAGAAGAAGCCCAGGCCCUCGAAGAAGCGCUACGCCCCGUCAUUUCGCAAAGUGGGCCCAUCUACUGCAAGAAGGCAACCGGAAAGCGAUAUUCCGAUCGUGACAAAGAAGCGCGACGGAGCUCACCGCCAGCCACAGCCGACAAUUCGAAGCGACGGCGUGUAGUCGCAUAG